GAAAACACCCCGGCUUGGUUGCAUCCUUUCCUCAGGGAAAGCGGACAGGAAUGCCCAAAAUCCGUCUUGAGUGAGGACUGUGGAUGCCCAUAGUGGACUUCAGGUGCUGUUUUGCAGGUUUCGUAACCGGAUGCAGCUUGAAGAAAUCCUCACAGAAGAGAGGAGUGUGUCGAUACAAGAAGUGAGAAGUGGCCACAUAGUGUCGCCGCCUGUUGUUGUUUCAUCCCAGAGCCACGGGGGCCUGUCUGGAUACAACUGUUUGGGAUUUCUCUUCAUCCUCCCUGGACUGAUGGACGUCCUCGGCUUCGUCUGUGCCUUGCUUAUGUGCGCUGCUGCUGUGCAAAGCAAGCCCACGUUAAGAAAAGAAAGGGUCCACCAUGAACCAGAUCUGCAGAGCAGGCCAGGCCACGAAGACAAUAAGAGCUACCAGUACGACCAUGAGGCCUUUCUGGGAAAAGAGGAAGCCAGGACAUUUGAUCAGCUCACACCAGAGGAGAGCAAAGACAGGCUUGGUAAAAUAGUGGACCGGAUAGACGGCGAUGUUGACGGCUACAUCACCACAGCCGAACUCAAGGCUUGGAUAAAGCGUGUCCAGAAGCGUUAUGUAUAUGAGAAUGUGGCAAAGGUGUGGACGGACUACGACCUGAACAAAGACAACAAGAUUUCCUGGGAUGAAUACAAGCAGGCCACGUAUGGGUACUACCUAGCCAACCCCGAGGAGUUUGAGGAUGCGACCGACCAGUUCAGCUUCAAGAAGAUGCUCCCUCGUGAUGAGAGGAGGUUUCAGACAGCUGAUCUGAACGGAGACCUGGCAGCCGACAGAGAGGAGUUCACAUCAUUCCUCCACCCUGAGGAGUUCGAGCACAUGAAAGAUAUUGUGGUUCUGGAAACCCUGGAGGACAUUGACAGGAACGGCGAUGGACACGUGGAUGAAGAUGAGUAUAUCGCUGACAUGUUUGCUCACGAGGAUGGGGGUCCAGAGCCCGACUGGGUCAAGACUGAGAGGGAACAGUUCUCUGACUUCAGAGACUUGAACAAAGAUGGUAAAAUGGACACCGACGAGAUCCGCCACUGGAUUAUGCCACAAGACUACGACCAUGCCCAGGCCGAGGCCAGACAUCUGGUGUACGAGUCUGACCAAGACAAGGACCAGAUGCUGACCAAAGAGGAGAUCCUUGAAAACUGGAACAUGUUUGUUGGAAGUCAGGCUACCAACUAUGGAGAGGAUCUCACUAAGAGCCACGACGAGCUCUGAGAUCUUAGUGCUCUUCUGACGUGUGUGUGUGUGUGUGUGUGUGUGUGCGUGUGUGUGCGUGUGUGCGUGUGUGUGUGUGCGUGUGUGUGCGUGUGUGUGUGUGUGUGGAGGGUUGUUAAACAUCUUUGUUUUAACUGACAGAAUUCAAAACUCCUCCACCUCCAGACAUCACUGACAAGCUCCACUCCAUCGUCUCCUUUUGACAACAGGACAGAUGUCAGUGUGAAGGACCUUGUGAA